AUGUCCGCUCCCCAUCCAAUAACACCAUACUACAUUCCACCGCCACCGAAGACCAAGAUGGUGCAAUGCAUUGUCACCAUGUUACCCGUCGGUGCUUUGAAUCACGUUGGUCGUGAUAUCAACACGCGCAUUCCUAUCCCCGUACAAGAGGGCAAGAGCUUCACUGCAGAGAUGCUGGAAAGUAUAAUCCGUUCCAGAAUGCAUGAUAUUGCUUAUCCUAAACUUCUGAGUGGAAGCAUGGAUGAUAUGGAAAUCUUUAUACGUCAUUCACCAAUUCCAAACGUUUACAACGUACCGCGUAAAAAUGUUUCACGUUAUAUGUCUCCAUUCUGUAGAGAAUUCCCUUUUACUCCUUUCAGUACAGUUGUAGUUCAAGCUGAGAUGUGGCACAAGAAAGAUUGGGCAAGUCCAAGUCACAUCUAUUUGCGUAAAGAUGCAAACUAUCCGCUCAGAUUGCAUGUCACAUGCACGCAAGUCCCAGUGCGAAUGGUUGGUGAAACGCAUGUGCAAGCAGGACAAGUUGGGUCAAAGAUUAACUUUACUGUCCCUCUUGGCACCAAGCAAUGCAUCACAGCAUUUCGUCGUGACCUUACAAAUUUGAUCGCAAGCAGAUGUGAUCAGUUAUCCGGGUUCAAUCGAAACAAGUUUGCUGUCGAAGUGUACUUCAAGAAGCCUCAAGACAACACCCAAGAAUCUUCAAAGACAUCUUUUGAAGAUCGUGUAGCACAAUGCAUGUCAAACGAUAAGCCAUUGGAAGUUCAAUUCGCUUUACGUAGCCAGUCCGAGGCGAUCAAGGCAUCCGCCACGCAAAAACAAAAGUCUAUCCCAGUGAAAUCGAGUAUUUCAGACAGUGUGAAUCCAAAGAAUGAUAGUAAUAUCAAGGAAGCAUGUGCAGAUCGCAAAAACGAUGCAAAGAAGGACGAAAGUUUUGGUCUUCAUCAAGGUUUCCUCGAUGCCUUACGCAAAGAGACUGAAAAAGCAAGAGAAAAUGCUCGAUCUAGUAGGCCAACAAAAGUUGAUAUCUUUGGGGGAAGUCAUCCCUGCGCAAACGCAAGCGUGGCUCAAAACGAUAGGCCAAAAAGCUGGAGAGAGAGUGCAUGGAGAGAAAGAGUCUCAAGACAGGUAGAAAAUGCCAACUCAGCUGAACAUGCGAAAGCAUUUAAGCAAGAAGAUGUAUUGCAAACGAUCCCUGCACCGGCAGGCUCGGUUGCACAACCUCCCGAACCUUUUGCAGGCUUGCAACGAGAAGUAGAUCAAUUGGUAAACAAGGUGGCGGGGUCGGUGCAAGAUACCCUUGGCUCAAUCUUUACAAAUAUCCAACCAGAAGUGAAAGAACAUUGCAAGAGGCGAUGUGCUUCGUCAUCAACAUCAUCUAGUCAUUGCGAAACAAAAGAGAAAGAGCGAGAGGUCAAAAACAUAAUCCAUCACUAUGCAACUUGCAAUUUGUGCGAUCAGGGUAUCACGGGUAUUCGCUGGAAAUGUACAGCUUGCAUCGAUUUUGAUGUUUGCUCGGCAUGCAAAGCAACCACACCUUCCACCCAUCCUUACCACCGUUGGAUAAAGCUUCAAACCACGGAUGCUUUACCUUUGGGUGUUCGCCCUAGCGAUUGGAUGAUCCAUCCUAACAUCAUUUGCGACGGCUGUGACAAAGCCGUUGUUGGCCCUCGCUACAAAUGCAUCAGAUGUCCCGAUUUCGAUUGGUGCCACAGCUGCGAAUCUGAUCCUACAAUGCAUCAUGGUACGCCGGAGGAGGAACCACAUCUUUUCCUCAAAAUCAACAAGCCACUGCCGAAGACACAAUCGGUGGAAGCUGCAAAGGUCCAAGCAAAGGCUACUGUCAAUGCCAUGAAUAAGCGUAAAUCUGCCCGUGCUGAAGAGACCAUUGAUAUCACUGUUGAGAUGCCCGGUGCUUUCAGAGAAAACUCUGCAGAACAGUCAGAGUCCAAAUUGGACAAGAUCAUUGAAGUCAUUGAGCGUUUGGAAAAGAAACAGAAGAAGACCAAUAAGCGUAUCGAUAGCUUCGGAGGCCAAUUCAAAGAAUCCAAUGAUGCUAUCGAAAAGAUUCUCAACAAGAUCGAUCAGAUCAAUGCAGACUUAUUGAGAACGCAGACCAGUGCUAAAAUUAUCGAUCCUCCAACUGAAAAGGCGCGCGAGGAGGGUGUUGAAGGCAUUGCAUCCUUACACGCACGUCUGGCAGACUUGUCCGUUCAAGCGCAAAAGUUACCUGGUGCUUUACCUUUAGCAGAUGAUCUGAUCGAUGUAAAGGAAGACCACAAGGUAGCAGAUGUCGCGGCAGCGGAAGAAGAUGCUCAAAGCGUAGCAGAAGAUUAUGAUAUGCAAGUGGAAGCUGAUAUUACUGUUCCUGAUGGAUCACGUUUCGUUGCUGGUUCCUUGUUUGACAAGGUAUGGCUAGUUCGUAAUACAGGUGGAAAGGCAUGGCCAAAAGAUACUUGCAUCACUUCGAUCACCAAUCUUAACAACCCGACUCAAACUGUGAAGCAUUCUGUCAAGAUUGGUCGCGAAGUCAAGGCAGGCCAAGAGACUCAGAUUUGUGUGCUUGAUUUAGUCGCUCGUACAGAGACAGGAAAGGAUGUUCACUAUUUCCGUCUUGCUUUACCAUCUGAAUUCGGCAAAGAAUCACGCUUCUUCGGCGAUCAAUUGUGGUAUGACAUUGAGAUUGUGAAUGAAACAUCAUCCAACGAAACAACUAAAGCAAACAAUUCGAUCGCCUCCUCAAUGCAUCAUGCAAAUCCGCCAUCCUACGAUUCAAAGAAGCAAGAAAGUCAAAACGAAAUGAACGGAUCAUCAUUCUUCCAAGCUCCAUUUGCCCCUCAAAGUGAUCGUGCCCCUUCAACAAGUGGUCGUCAAACUGAAUCAGCCUUGCAUACGCCCACUACCGAACGAUCAUCCGCCCUUGGUGAUGAUUUGGUUCUCUUGGAUAGCGAUGAAGAAUUUGAGAUCAUUGAGCCUUCAAGCGAUGAAGAAAGCGAUUGA